GCUUUUUUGGGAGCGAUCCCAGAUAUUUGCAGCGGGUCUGCGGUUCUUUCUCUCCCGCCUGUCUGCCGCCCACCCGCCAUGCUCAAUCCCGUGCUGCCGACGCCCGGCGAGGACGUUAUCAUCGUAAGAGACCUGAAGGUCCGCAACAUCAUCGGCGUCGAUGCAUGGGAGCGCGAGCGCCGACAGCCGCUCACGAUCGACAUCCACCUGUACUCGUCCAUCAGCGCCUCGGGCGAGAACGACCAACUAUCCAAGUCCAUCAGCUAUGGCACGAUCUCGGUUCUCGUCACCGAGUUCUCCGAAAAGACAGCCUAUCGCUCUGUCGAGGCCCUGGCUGUCGGCAUUGCCCGCGUCUGCCUAUUCGAAUGCGGCGGCACCAAGGUGACCGUCCGGGUCGAGAAGCCGAGAGCGCUUCUGCAUGCCGAAUGCGCUGGUGUCGAGAUCACCCGAUCCCGGGAAUAUUUCGAGAAGCUCGAUGCUCUUGCCUCCGAGGGAUCCGUCUCGCCUGCACCAGCACCGACCCCCAAGGGCGAGCUCGAUGUCGCCGGCGAUGACCUGAUCUUCAUCAAGAAUCUCGUUCUCAACACCAUCAUCGGCAUCCACCCUUGGGAGCGCGUGGAAAAGCAGCGGGUGGUCAUCAGCAUCCUGGUUCACCUUGAUCUGCAGCCCAAAUAUCUGCUCGAGGACCACGUUCCCAAGAUGCACAACUAUCGCACCAUCACUCGCACCAUCAGCCGGUACGUUGAAGAGAGCAAGUUCAAGACGGUCGAGGCCCUGGUCUUGUCCAUCGCCAAGAUCUGCGUCGAGACAUGCCAUAUCCCCAAGGUCACAGUCCGCGUGGAGAAGCCCAGCGCCCUCGUAUUUGCCUCGGGGGCGGGCAUCCAGAUCACACGAGACCGAUCGUCGUUCCAACCGACUGCCUCCGAGCAGAUUCAGCGCGGCAGCGGCCAUGUGCAUACGGCCUUCCUGGCAAUCGGUACCAACAUCGGCGACCGCGUUGCCAACAUCGAGUCGGCCUUGGCGAUGCUCGAGUCUGAAUCGUCCGUCACGGUCCUCGACACCUCGUUCCUUUACGAGACUGCGCCAAUGUACGUCACGGACCAGCCGAUGUUCUUGAACGCCGUUUGCAAAGUCUCCACUUGUCUGUCGCCCGAGGCUCUCUUGGACUGGCUCAAGUCCAUUGAGGUCGGUCUUGGACGCGACCUGAAGGGAAUCCGAAACGGCCCCCGUCCCAUCGAUCUCGAUAUCCUGUACUACGAUCAUAUCAAGAUGGAGACCGAACGGCUGGUGAUUCCGCAUCCACGCAUCAAGGAGCGCGAGUUUGUGCUGCGUCCGCUCUGCGACAUCGCGCCCAAUCUGGAGAACCCGACGCUCUUUCGGACGAAUGCCCAGCUGCUGUCGCUCCUGGCACACGCAAACAACCCUGAAUCGAUCAGCAAAGUCACACCGAUCGGCAACACCGUGUGGAGAUGGUGCGAUCGCACGUUCAUCAUGGGCAUUCUCAAUGUCACUCCCGACAGCUUCAGCGACGGCGGCAAGUUCUCGUCGAUCGAUUCGGCGCUCUCCCAAGCGAGGGUGAUGAUCGAGGGCGGUGCGGACAUUAUCGAUAUCGGUGGCCAGAGCACCCGACCGAACGCCGUCGAGGUUUCGGAGCAAGAGGAGAUUGAUCGGGUCGUGCCCGUAGUCGAAGCCAUUCGCAAAGCCGGAAUCGAGAUCCCGAUUAGCGUCGAUACGUAUCGCUCCGGUGUCGCCCUGGCGGCAUUGAAGGCCGGCGCCGAUCUGAUCAACGAUGUAACCGGAGGCGACUAUGAUCCCAACAUGGUUGCAACGGUCGCAAAGCACCACGCUCCAUAUUGCUUGAUGCACAUGCGAGGCAACCCACAGACCAUGAUGAACCUGACAGAAUAUGAAAACAAUGACGUUGUUGAGGACAUCAAGAAGACGUUGGGCGAGAAGGUCUCGGCAGCCAUCAAGGCAGGUAUGCGCCGAUGGAACGUCAUUGUCGACCCUGGAAUUGGAUUUGCCAAGACAGCCGAACAAAACUUUGACAUUCUGAAGAAGCUCCCUGACCUCGUGAAACGCGGCAGCCCGCUGCACGGCUUUCCGUCGCUUGUGGGGCCGAGCCGGAAGGGCUUUAUCGGCGCGGCUCUGAACGAAAAGGAUCCGGCCAAGCGAGUGUGGGGCACGGCGGCUGCCUGCAGCGCCAGUGUCGCUGGAGGAGCCAAUGUCCUCCGGGUCCAUGACGUCAAGGAGAUGAAACAUGUCGUUGUGAUUUCGGACCGCUGCUUCACCAGGUCGAUCUGACGAUCCAGCUGUCCGGUAUGAAGCAUGUCGUCGGACGGCACCGAUGUUGGUUUCCAAGAUAUUGCUUUCUUCAUGAAUAUACAACGGUGGCUUGUAA